GACAGUUGUAAAAAGCAUUUCACUACACAUCCUACAGUUGUUUGUGUGACAAAUAAAAUUUGAAUUUCUUUCUUUCUUUCUGGCUUGUUGGCUUUCUUUCUUGCUUUUAUACUUAAAAAAGUCCUUUCCCUUUUCCUAACUAUGUAAGUUCUAGUUUAUGUCCUGGACAGUCUGACUACACAUCGUACUCUGUAUGAUUGUGUGUGACAAAAUUUGAAUUUCUUAUUUUCUUCUUUCUUGCUUUCUUUUAUUCCUUUUAAAGCACUUUCCUUUUUUUCUAACUCUAUGUAAAUUCUAUUUUAUAUCACGGACAGUCGUAAAAAGCAUUUCAUUACACGUCGUAAUAUGUAUGGUUGUGUGUGACAAAUAAAAUUUGAAUUUCUUUCCUUUUUUUGCCUGCUUGCUUGCUUUGCUUGUUUUUACAUUUUCUCAUCAGGGAAUAUAUUCGGCUACUUUCACUGAAAACAAUACUUUGACUGGAUUUGCCAGUUGUCGAUGUUACAUUAGCUCCCUCUAGGACUCUGUGCUUUCCCCAACCUGCUCGAUGGAGAUGGGUUUCUGUGAGAUCGAUGUCCAGACAUCAGACCUCACCACCUCACCAACCACAGACACACUCCUCUUCUCCCAUCCUCUUCCCUCAAGUGGCUUCGGGGAAGUGACUGGAUGGUGGGGGAGUGGGGGUUAGUGUUAGGUGGGGGCGGAAAGUUUGGGUUCUGCUCGCGCCGCGUCUGACCAAUAAUGUGCAGAGAGCAGCCGUGAACAUCAUUUAAAAAGGAGACAGCCGGGCGCUGCUGCGAUUUUUAUUAAACCUCCAUCAGUGUGUGUGUGCGUGUUUGUGCGUGUGUCUGUCUAUGGCAUCGGUAUGAGCUCUGUACACUCUUUCCGGUGCGCUUGAUCAUCUCUGAUCUACACAUUCAGUACUGGAUUUUCACCAGAAAGAAGGAUUGAUCACACCACCCGGUCCACACUGUCUGACUCCCUUUUUCUUCGGAUCUCGAAAUAACUGCACUCAUUAAGCCUCGGAGCGCUGACAGAAUGACCAGAUUGGUGCAGCUCACGUGUGCAGUGCUCUUGCUGUGGGUUCUUGCGUCCUGCGCGGCGGAAACCAGAGCCACUCAGGGCGCAAUUCCUAAUCCGGGCAAAAGCAAACCAAACGAGUCGGAGCGACGACAGAGCGGCUCUUCUUCGUCGUCAUCAUCCUCAUCCUCAGGCAGAGGUAGAGGGUCGUCUUCCUCUGCAGAAGAGGUGCUGGAGUCGAGUCAAGAGGCGCUGCUUGUGACCGAGCGCCGUUACCUGAAGCGCGACUGGUGCAAGACGCAGCCGCUGAAGCAGACACUGCAUGAAGAAGGCUGCGUGAGCAUCACUAUCCUCAAUCGCUUCUGCUACGGCCAGUGCAACUCCUUCUACAUCCCGCGCCACGUGCGUCGAGAGGAAGGAGCCUUCCAGUCGUGCUCGUUCUGCAAGCCCAGGCGCUUCACCACCAUGACCUACACGCUGUCCUGCCCCGACCUGCAGCCGCCCACCCGCAAGAAGCGCGUGCAGCGCGUCAAACAGUGCCGCUGCAUCUCCAUCGACCUGGACUGAAGUCAACAAAUGCUACUUUUGGGGGAAAACUUUAAACCGCAGCGUUUGAUGCUUUAAGUUUUGAAGACUUAUUUGGAUGAAAAGUACAAAUUAAAAGCACAUUUUCAAGAAGGAUGAGCACUGAUAUUGCGCAAUCAGACGAACUCCAGCCAAGCGCACCGUCAAGGGCACAACUCGCAUUUCAUUAUGCAUUCGAAAUUUCCAUCAGUCAUUAUCGCACAUUUUCCCUCACUGACACUCCAAAUCUCCGCUUCAUCCAAACAUUAAACAUACACAAGUGUUAUUUUCUUCACUUCUGCAAUCCGAUUUUAAAAGGAGCAAAUGUGCACAAAACAAGAUGAUAUGAAUCCACUGGCAAAACACACAGCACCAUAUUGCAUCCUCUUGGAAAGGUUUUGGGACCUUAGAGCCUAAUCAUUUAAUAAAAGGUAUUAAUAGGUAAUAAUGUAACAGCUUGGUUUUGUUUUUGUUGUUUUUUUGGGAGAGUUCUGGAAGGUGUUUAUUUCCACCAUGUGGAA